UAAAAAAAUGUCUGCGACGAGUUCAGGCAGAUUAGGGGCGUUCAAAACUGAUCGAUAUUUAUGUGUGGAGUAUCCAGGCUACAUAAAGGAUGUUGAGGGUAUGUUGAAGACCCUUGGAGGUGAAGAACAAUUGUCAGAUACUUACUUCAAUACAAAAAGAAGAGUAGAACUACAUUUCAGGCCUAGCGAUCCAUACUGUCACAGUGUUUGUGGUGAUCUGCAGCCCUCAAGAGCAUUGCUGGUAAAACUGAAAAGACGAAGAAAAAAAAAUCCAUCGAAUGAACCAGUAAACGAGUGGAAGUAUGAGCAGGAAGUUAUUGGUAUAGUCCAUAACACAUAUAGGUUUAUGUCUCUGGUGGACUUUCAGUAUAUCACACCAAAGCCAUUGCAGAAUGCAUUUUCAACUGUGGAGACAAGCAGUCUAUUAGAUGAACAACAACCACUUCACAUUGUACCUGCAAUUUUUUCAAGAAUUGAUGUGCAAGGAAGCUACAAUUAUCACCCUGAGACCUUUAAUAGGCUAGGAACAAAAGGGAACCCUGCACAUAGGGAAUCUCUAAACCCAGAGGAAGAAAUACCUCAUCAGCAAUCAGAUUCUCGUAUGCGGAAAAGGCGACCAAGUGAGGCUAUGGCUGCCAUAUUCACAUCCAAGGAAGUACCACAAGAACCAGGCGCUAAAUGUAGAGAAAUCGUCGAUAGUACGAAGAAAAAGUUCAGUUGGGUCGAAAGUUCGUUGGAAGAAUUGAGAGAGCUGUUUAGAGAGCGUCCUAUGUGGUCUCGUACGGCACUUGUUUGUCAUCUGAGCACUGAAAUAAAAAACGAGAGGCUUAAGCAACUUUUGCCGUAUGUGGCAUUCUACUGGCUGAAUGGGCCUUGGCGAGCCCUGUGGAAUAGAUUUGGCUACGAUCCUCGUAAACUUCCUGAGGCAAAAAUCUAUCAGAUAUGUGAUUUUCGUGUGAGGGAUAAAAAAGACAGCAAAGGACUGCCAAUCUUGCCCCUUCGAUCUUCAAGAAUUUGCACGCUGCCGGUACAACUACAGCGAUAUAAAGUGAAUGCAGCUGUUAGUGUGGAUAACCAACAGAAACCUGAAGCGAAACGUUCUGCGAUUCCUCCAGAAGACCUGUUGUACACAUUUCACCCCGACAAGCUUCCGCGUGCCCGGCAGAUUAUGUAUCAACUAUGCGAUCUGUAUGACGAUGAGGUUCAACAGAUCAUAUCCGAGAAUAAUGGCAAGGAAAGAAAGUGUACAGAAAGAAAUGGCUGGUUUAACCCGGGUGUAAUUGACAGAAUAAGAGCAACUAUGGUAAGAAAAGUUGAGGCAAGAAUCGAGAAAGAAAUCGCAGAAAAAGAAAAGAAACACGGAGAUAUAAAUGAAGAGAUAAAUACAUCCGACGUAGACAAGGAAACUGUGUCAGAUGGCAUUGAUGAUGAUGACGACAUGUAGUUUGAAAAAUAGUGUGUAUCCUGGAAAAGGUAAGAGGGAUGAUUUGAUUUUUGAUGUUAAUAGCGAUGCUAUCUUGAUUACGCGAAAUUCGCUUUUGCGUUUGGAACACCCCCACCUCAGCAUAUAUCAAUAAAGGAAUAAGGGUGCGGGCUCUUUACGAGUCAUUUGGCACUGGUAAAGCACGUUGGCACUUUUUGCCCUUCUCAUUCCGGUUUCUAAGAUGAAGGGUAGAACGUGAAGUGGUUUCCCUGGGGCAGUAAGCUGGCUGUCCCCAAAAAAGAAAUUGACUUAGUUCUGAACAACGUGAAAAGAUUUUUUCUAUGUUAGAUUUAGGAAAGGGAUAGAAAACAAGGAGAAAUUAUGAUGAAGCCAUUAAUGCCUUGCUGCUUCCGGCGCAAAAAAUAUUGUCUAACUCCCGAUUUGAUUUUCGUGUACUCUGGUCCCAUACGUUGCAAUAAGAACAAGACCUAAAGAAACAGACCAUAGAAACUGUUUAAAAAGUAGAACUUUACGCUUCCUGUUUUCCGAACUAUGAUCCGUCGUUAUGCACAAAACAUACAGCAUUCCCUGCUGCAGAAUAAGCCAUGCAAGGUUUAUUAUGAACCAGUCCCGACCUUCAACCUGGGUAGCCAAUAUUGAAUAUAACAUAAUUUAUAAAGAAUCAAUAUUUACUUGAUUUAUCACCAAGAUAUUUUUCACCUUUUUUAACGGGCCUUUGAUUGCAAACCACUUUAUAUGGUGAAGUAUAGAAUGAAUCAUGAUUUUUUAAAUGAUGAUGAUGUGAGGUAUAGAUUAGUUGUUUGUAUUGCUGCUCAUAUAAAACGUUAUACAGAAUUUGAUUAGUCUGAAUCACAACUCGUUAUCUGUUUAUCGACUUUUAAAGUCCUACCAACCCUGUCCGUUGUGACUUGACGUAAAUUGAAUGAUAAUUUUAUCAUUGGUAUUUAUUUUAACCAGAGGCACUUUUAGCCUAUCUGAACCCUGAUAGUUAGUUAUUUUCAAAAGAGGCUCAAACCAUCUUUCAAUCUAGAAUUGACCAAUCAAUGAGCGUGAUUCCACUGUCACGCCGCCUAUUGGUUGGCUAAUUUUGAUUGACAGAUUGUUCAAGCCACUUUUUAUCUGUCAUUUGCCUUUAACAUGGAAACCAGCAAUUCCUAGGGCUGAUAAGGGUUUACCUAAUAAGAAAACAUGUAUGUUGUUGGUUCCAGGUCUGUUUUGAACAGACAAAUUUUUUAUGUAUGUCGACGUCGUGUCUGUGUUGGAAACAGCAGUCUUUUCUGUACAGGAAGCAUUCUUUGACGUAACGAUACAGAUAUUCUUUGGUAACGAUCAAAGGGGUGUAACCCAGUCCAAACCAUGACAUACAAGAACCUUGGUUUAAAACAAUCAAAUCAGAGAACAGCUGAGUUCAUGUCUGCAUUUCGUCAUUAGUUUUAGCGAUCGUACUAUACAUUUUUGGACACACUUCCUUCAAAAACAGAUGAAGGAUAAAUGUAUCGGAUUCUUAAUUUGCUCAAACAGAAAGCUCUCGAUACAGAUAACGACAGUACUGAUGUUAUUGAGGAGCAUAUUAUGAAGAAUCAAAUGAUUAAUGAAAUUUAUAUACGUCAGUUAGAAAGAAAUAUUUGCUGAAGAUUAGAAAAUUUUCAACAUGAAAUUGUGUAGCUGCUUUUGAAACAGCAAAAAAGUGCAAAAAGACAUCAGGGGAAAUUUGAAGACAAACACAUUGUGUGUUUCUAUUGAACACAUACAGACUGUAGCUAAAAUUUUACAGUCCAAUGUGUUUUGACUUUCGUUGAAAAUAGUUUGGGUAUUUAGUGUCAUAAAAAAUACUAUUAUAUAAUCUGAUAGGGAUUAGGGUUUCUCUUUUCACUCUUUCAGCUCCAAACAACCUACUCCUUAAGGAAAGUUCUAUAGCUUGGGUAUUUAAUAUGAUCUGGAAUAUCCUUUCGUAAGGUAAAAACAAGUUUUAUGUUAGUUUUUGUACUAAUUAUUCUCUACUGGCUACUUCUUUAUGAAUUAUUAACCUGAAAUUCUCCUGAAGUCUCCGCUUUCAAUUAUAUUUUGGUACGUUUUGCUGCUGAUUGCAGUCAAAGGCGGCUUAUAGACGAGGGCGGCUUAUAGACGAGGGCGGCUUAUAGACGAGGGCGGCUUAUAGACGAGGGCGGCUUAUAAACGAGGUCGGCUUAUAAGCGAGGUAGGCUUAUAAUCUAGUAAAUACGGUUGGUGGCAAACGUGAAUACUAAUGCAGCGAAAUCCCGGUAUAACGAACUAAAUGUCUAGUACCUUGGAUUCUGCCUAACAAAUUCUCGUUAUUAUAAACCAAUUUUUAGGUCCCUUCAUUAUAAUUACCCUCGAUAUAAUGAACUUUUUAUAAAUUUUUAUCUUUUAUUUGUUUUCGGUGUCAAUUGAUUUUGAUUUUCUUUUGGGGGAAAAUCAUUUUUGUAAUCGGCAAAACAUGCCAAUAAUACACUUCAAGCACUGGCUGAUAGACUAACCAGUGCACG